AUGGCCACCAUGCUGGAGACACCCUCGCGCAUUUGGCGGCGCAUUGAAGCGAUUGAAGAUGAAGACAUGCCCUCUCUUCCCUCCCUCCCGCCGUUUGAACACUCUGGUAUAAUUGAGGAAACUACCAGAGAACCCUCGGACCAACCAGACUCCGAUGACCAGUUUGACGAAGACUUUGAGAGCGAGACAUCUCCCCUGCAGUCAACACCCGCAUCUACCCAACAUACAAUAACGUCGGCUUUGCGCGCUCCAUCCAGUACAUCUAGUACUGCAAGAUUCGCGCACUCGAUUGCCUCGAGGUCAAAUCGAUCCGUAAACAACAUGACUGCAUCGCGCGGUAUGUCAAGUCGACGAAGUCACCAUGAUAGCUUUGAUAUUCCAUCGCUACCGCGAAUACAGCCCAACUCGGCACCCACAACCCGUCAAGACGAGUCGGAUGGAGGGGAGGAGGAGAGCAAGUCAAGCGUGCCAGAAGUUUAUCUCCCCCCGGAAGGGGACGCGGACGAUCAUGAGCAAGAAUACUCACUCACCGAUGCACUCCAAUCGAUCAGCAGAUCUAGUACGCCUCCAAUUUCUGCCCAGGUCGGUCGCGAGAACACACCUAAGAAGAAUUAUGAUUACUCUGUUAGUCUAAAGUCAGAACCAAAGGCCUCCCCUUUUGAGAAAUAUCGGAAUGUAGCUUUACGCAGAACAAAUCCGACCAGUGCUCGUAUACGAACGCCUUCCCUUUCUAGGACAUCAUCUUCUCAAACAACUUCACCCGCCAACUCUACUCCACAAAGUAACAGAUCUGGUCAAUUGCCUCGCUCACAGACUGCUUCUCCUAUUUCAGCAAGAGGCAUUCCUUUGCCACGUUCUACAACCGCUUCACCGGCGACACAUAUACGGUCCCCAGAAGGUGAUGAAGACCAGUCUAUCGAAGCACCCAACUUCAGCAACGACACCAAUGACAAUAGUGCUCGGUCAAUGGAUAUAACAGAUGUGCACGUGUCUCCACCUCGAGUAGAUGGUGAAGAUGGUCAGACUACUGAGGAAUCAGAAUCUCAGCAAGAAAGCCAUCAGGAUCUUGGCACAUACACUGAGGGAUCUCAUGAUGGACACGAACCUACUUUUUCAUCUGAAGGAGAACCUACACCACAUGCAAACAACAGUGCCACGGCACAAAAUAAAAGUGCAUUUUCAUCCCCCUCACAGUCUGUUGCAUUUACACCGACUCCUGCAUUUCCCCGACCGAGGGCAAGGUUCGAUCUUCCUCCACCGCCCAGCGACCUUUUGACAACUCCUGCGUCUCGAAACCCUGAAGAGGAUGAAGACUAUGAACCGCACGGUGAUCUUCUAACACCACAUACCAGACGCCGUUCGUUCCUGCUCUCUGUCAUCAACUCUACAGCGCGCCCUCGGAUGAAAGUCCCAACUCCACACCCAAAGAGGUUCGGUUCACCUCUAGCCUCUGCCGAGGAAUCUACACCCGGUCCUAGUUCUAGCGCUUCCCCUGGGACAAGUUUGCAAUCAGCUUUUGCGGGGGUUACUCCUCGUCCACGCAUGGCAGUAGUUAGACGAAUGUCGCAUCCCUUGUCGCAGGCGGUUACCGCAUCUUCGGGAUCGUCAGACGGUGCGCGCAACCCAGCGUCAUGGACUACUCCAGCCCAAGCCUCACCCUACGAUGGGGUAGCGGACCGCGCAUCGUUCAUAUCUACAGCGUCAUCGCAUGACUUGACAACCCACCAAAGGGCGAACACAUCCUUCGACCCGGCUAUGGGUUUCGGAUCGGGUGCACCUGGACAUGGUGUUGGCAGGUUUAAUGCUGGGAAGCUGAACACCUACUUACAUGGCUUGAACAGGCGGUUACAAGAGGAGAAUGAAAUUCUCAUUGAGAAGAUGCGGAAGAUGGAAGAGGAAAAGAAGACCGAGCCGUCGUCUAGUUCCGCUCCGGGUGACACUAGCAGACGAUUGAGUGCUGCUAGCCGUAGAGCGAGCGGUGUUGGGACUUCAUUGGCCAAUGUACAGGAUGUACCGGAGGAAGGGUGGUUAGAGGAGAAGGCAGAGCUGGAGGAUAUGGUAGAGGCCUUUAAAAUCGAAGUAACGAACUGCAUGGCGGAGAAGGAGGAGGUCGAGCAGGCGCUUGAGAGAGAGAAGGCUGAACGUGAGCGAGAUAUAGUCAGGUGGAAAGAAAGGAUGUCAGAAGUUGAACAGGGUGUUUCGGGUAUCGUUCAGGGCUUGGAGCAGAAAGUUAUAGAGGCUGAAGAACGGGUAAAGACCGUGGAGCAAGAGGCUGAGCGGCGUAUCAAGGAUGUAGAGAAGGCUCUUGCGGAGGCACAAGGAGAAAGAGAUGUCGCCACUGAGCGGGCGUCCAAAGCGGAGAGGGUCCUCGAGAGUGGCAAGGAGCUUGGAGGUGCAUUGAAGGAGGCAAAUGACCGUGUUGCUCAAGUCAUGGGAGACCUCAGAAAUGCUAACGCGCAGAUCAAAGAGCUCGAAGAUGAAGUCAUGCAUUCUGAUGCUAGGAUUGACGAGCUGGAGAAAGAAGCCAAGGAGGACAAGGAAAUCAUCUCCGGUCUUGAAACUGAACUGACUUCGACGUCUGACGCGUUAGCCGCCGAACGUGCGAAGAGCAAACAACUUGAAGACACAAUCCGUCGAUUGGACGAGGAACUCAGGUCCACCAAGGCAUACGUUGAUGAACUCGAAGAAGGCGCUGGCGAUGCCAUGCAAAAGAUCGAACAGCUCGAGGGAGAACUUGAACUGGCGAAGGAGAACAUGAAGGUUAUGGCUACUUCAGAAGAGCAAGCUUCGCAGGAUGUCAAGUCACUUCAAAACGAGCUCAUCAAAGCACAGGAGACAGCGCGACAGAUGGAAGAUGCCCUUGAAGAUGCAGAGCAGAAGAUGAUGAAAGAUGAAGAAGCCCUGGCCGAGCUUCGUUCUAAAGUCGCAACACUGGAGAGGGAGCGCCAACGUGAAGCUAGCAACACUUCUCGAGAUGUCUCUCGUGGCCCUGUUGAAGCAGGACCUACGGAGGAAGAGUAUCAGGAACUGGAGAAAGAGCUGGAUGAUGCCGAGAGGGAGAUCGCUAGACUGAACGCCCUCCUGAAUCAAUCACCCGCUCGCAAGGCCAUGGACAAAGCCAAGGAUACUAAAAUCGAGUUGCUUGAAAGGGAAAAGGAGGAAUUGCUAGAGAGAAACAGAGCGUUGAGGAUGACAUUUAAUGAAAUGCACACACCCAACAAACUCAUUAACGCAAGCGGAAUUUCACCUAUUCAUCGACAGGUUCUUUCAAUGUCAAUUAGGGCUCCGAGGACGCCUGGUGGUCCAUUGAGAGACAUGUCGUGGCUGCACACUGCGAAUAGCGAGACUUCUGUAACUCCUCUGGUUUCGGAGAUCAACCGUCUUCAAGGCGAACUCGAUCGCGCCAAUGAAAGUAUAGACGACAAGCUUGACAAACUCGAAGAUGCAGGGAUGGGUGUCGUUGGGCUCACCAAAAAGCUUGAGGACGCUCGGGCGAAGAUCGUUACCCUGGAAGAUGAAAUUGCAAGGUUGAGCAGGAAAGAAGACCGACGAGUGCGCAGCCUGGCUCGAGUAAGAUGCCAAAACUGCGACGUCAAAGUCGACCUUCGUCAUCUAACUAAGGACAACGACAAUUCCCUUGAUGUACAUGAAGAUCAACUUCUUGCACAGCCUCCAACGAAGACCAGUGAAGCGCUGAAAGCCAAUCUAGAAUCCGUUAACAAGCAUCUCGAAGAGCUCAAGAGCCAAUGGGAAGCGGAAAAGAGGGUGCUUUUGGGCGAGAAAGCUGUGUUGGAAGACGCAGCAAACCGUCUCAAUAGCCAAGUCAAGAACACUAAAGAGGAGGCUAGGAAAAUUGCCGAGCAAACCAGGGCAGGAGAAAAACUGCGGGCGAAUGUUGAGAAUGAACUUGAGAGGGCAAAGAGAACCAUCUCAGUUUUGGAGAAUGAGCUUGGUUCGGAACGUGCUCGUCUGCGAAGUAUGGUUACAGAGCAGGAGCGCAUACAAAGGGAGAAAAAACAAAUCCUGACGGACCUGACCAGAACAGAAUCCGAUAUGGAAGAGGUCAAACAGCAGCUGCAACGUUUCAAGAAAGAGAAUCACGAGCUUGAAAAGGAGCUUCGAGAAAAUGCUAAUAUUGAGCAAAAGGCUCGUCUAUUGGAGACUCGUGUUGUCGAGAAUGCCGAGACGAUUGAGCAGUUGCGACAAGAGCGCGCUCUUUUAGCCGCUGAUCAUAAAGAACUCCAGCGCCGCUUCGCUGAAGCUUCUGAGACCGCCAAUAAUCUCCGCAACGAAUACGUCGCACAUUCUACCUCUCAUGACAACCGCCGCCAUGAACUCGAUCUGCACAGAUUGGAAAUUGAAGAUCUCCGUCGAGCACUUGAUGAACGUGUCACCGACCUUCAUCGAGUGGAGAAGGAGAAAGAGAAGAUUGCCUCAGAGAAGAGCGAUGUAGCGCGAACGGUUGCCUCCCUUGAAGCUGACCUUAGACGAGUCAGGAAGGACGCAGAAGCGUUUGGACAUGAUUUGAGACAGCUUCGUGGGGAGAAGGAGAGGCUGGAGGUCAAGAGCAAAGAGGAGUUGUCCAAAGCGGAGAGGGCGAAGAAGCAAAUGCAAACACAGAUUAGGUUGUUAACUGAGCAGUUGGAUGGACAAAAAGAGAAAACCCUCCACGCACUGGACCAACUGAAGAGUCAUGUUUGCUCUGCGGAUGCUACUCAGCUUUCCGAAUUGAAGCUUCGGCACAACAAAGAGUGUAAAGGUCUGAUGGUGCAGAUACGAUAUUUGAAGGCGAAGUGCACCCGCGAGUCUUCCUUCCGCGAUGGCCUGACCUAUCAAAAGAAAUAUCUGUUGGAGCUCCUUGCUGCAUUUGAGAAGAGUGAGCGGACAAUCUUUGCCUCAAUAGCCAGGAUAGGCUUCCCUGUAGCCAACCCUCCCCCGAAGAGGAAGGUCCAUAAGCUCAAGAGUGUGGCACGAAUGGUGAUAUUCCUGUCGCGCAUUAGGUAA